AUGGGGCUGGAGUCGGCGCGCGAGCUGGACUGCGCGGCGCUGGGCGCGCUGCUGCGGGAGCCGCGGGAGGCCGAGCGCACGCUGCUGCUCGACUGCCGCCCCUUCCUGGCCUUCUGCCGACGCGGCUUCGAUGGCUUCCAGGCCUGCUGUCCCGAUCUGUGCUCCGAGUCCCCCGCCCCGGCCAUGUCGUCUGCUGGGGGCGAGAACAGCCGCUCUGACCCCAGGGCUCCCUUCUACGACCAGGGCGGCCCUGUGGAGAUCUUGCCCUACCUGUUCCUGGGCAGCUGCAGCCACUCCUCCGACCUGCGGGGGCUGCAAGCUUGUGGCAUCACGGCGGUCCUCAACGUCUCCCGCUGCCCCAACCACUUUGAGGGCCUUUUCCGCUACAAGAGCAUCCCGGUGGAGGACAACCAGAUGGUGGAGAUCAGUGCCUGGUUCCAGGAGGCCAUAAGCUUCAUUGACUCGGUGAAGAACAGUGGAGGCCGGGUACUGGUUCACUGCCAGGCGGGCAUCUCGCGCUCGGCAACCAUCUGCCUGGCUUACCUGAUACAGAGCCGCCGCGUGAGGCUGGACGAGGCCUUCGACUUUGUUAAGCAACGCCGGGGAGUCAUCUCCCCCAACUUCAGUUUCAUGGGGCAGCUGCUACAGUUUGAGACUCAGGUGCUCUGUCACUGAGGCAGGGCCGCACCAGGCUGCCCCCGCCCCCCGGCGGGGGGGGGCCCUGAUUCCCUCCAGGUCAGGGAAAGCUGCCCCUUCUCCGAAGUUUGAAAAGGGCCCAGGUGGUGGUGCUGGGAGUGCAGGAACUCUGGACUUUCUCACCUGGUGCUCUUCUGCUAGGUUUGAGGGCUGGCCCUCUUCUGGGGACCAGCAUGGAGGGCAGGUCUGCUCCCCCUCCCCACUCUGUCUUCUGGCAGAAACUAACUGGACCGCUACACCCGUGGAUUCCCACUGGUCCCACCACCAUGUUGAAGCCCUUGGCAGCCUGAGCGCUCUAAGGAACAAGCUGCGACAACCGGGAGCCCCGUCUGGGGGGUGGUCCACUACAGGCCUGGAGCCUGCGCCUUGUGCUCCUGGGGAGCGCCGCGUCUGCUGCGUGUGGGCGUCUUGCUCACGUGCGUGCACGUGCGUGUGUGUGUGAGCAUGUCACGCCUGUAUUGGUGCUGGAAAGUUUUUUGUGUUCAGCUGACAUUUAACACUCCCUCCCCCACUUCCUCCCAGCCCUGUGGGCGGGGGUUGGAAACUUAGCACUUUAUAUUUAUAUGGAACAUUGAGGAUGUGUCAAUAAAAUACUGUUUUGUUUAA